AUGACAGAAAGAGAAAGAGACAUUCGACAUUUUGUUGAUUAUUUAAAGGCUAACAAUGAAUAUAAGGAUUCAAUAAAGGUUGUGGAUUUCCUUUUUGAGCAAUUAAAGAAUGAUGACAAUUUUAUUCAUAAUUUCGAAAGGUUUUCAGAAUUCAUUGAAGUUCUUUGGUUCAGAGUAAAUCAAUUUCAUAAUCAAGAUUUCAUUUCAAAGGUCGAUCAAUUAUUCAAAGUUAUUAUUUCCAUCAUAUUAAAUAAAUUAGAGACAGAAGAUUUUUCCACAGAGAACCUUAAAACUCUAAAUUUAAUUUUUUCACCAAAAACAUCGCAAUAUCGUGAAUACAGAUAUCAAGACAAUGAAAACGAUUUACCAAAUAAACUUGCAACUCAUGAAGCUAUUGAUUUUUAUAGUAGAGAUGGCUUAAUGCAUUUAAUUAACAGGGUUAAAGAUACUAAAUAUUCUUUUGAAAAUAUUAAAAAAUUUGUUAAUACUAUUAAAAAAUUAUCAAAAAAGGUUGAAAAAAUCGAUUUAUCUCAAAUUAAUAUAUUGGUUAAAUUGGUUUUUGAUAGAAUUUUUAGUGCCACUGAUGAAGAAUUUAAGAAUGAAAAUAAAAAAGAUUUAGAUUUAAUUAUAAAACAUUUAUAUGGUAUUGUAAAUAAUAUUAAUGCAGAUACUACCAAUCUUCAAGAAUUGAUUCAUAAUAAUGGAUUACAAGUAUCAUUAAAGUGCUUUAAAUCACCAUCCCUUUUCCAAAGAAACGCUGGUUUAAAUGAUAUUAUUAGAUUUUGUAAAUCUGAAAGUCCAUUGCCAAGACAACUACAUCAUUAUGUCCCACCAAAUAAAAUCGUAGAAUGGUUAAAAGAAAAUAAUGUUAUUGAAUUACUAUAUGGUGAAACUAUGCAUAUUCAAUUAUUACAAAAAUGUACAGAUAUUUUAAAAUUUAUUGCAGAGCAAAAGGCAUUUGAUAGAAAGUAUUUAGAUUUAAUAUGGAAUGCAAGUGAAGGCAAACACGAAACUAUUGAAAAUGCAAUUUAUGAAACUAUUGGUAGUAUCGCACCGCUCCUCCCUCCAGAAGAUGUAGAUUAUCUUUUUGAAAAAAUUCAAUUAAUUCCAUUUAGCCAUUAUACUGUACAAACAUUACACUUAGUGCGUUCACUUACACAAAGAAUAUCAUCAGAUGCUGAUUAUAUACCAAAGGGUUUGGAAAUAUUUUGGAAUUUAAUUCAAGACGAAUGUGAUAUAAAUUUAGAGCUUUCAGAAAUGUCACUCAAUAUUCUUCAAGAUUCCAUUCACUAUUUCCCACGUCAAAGAGUCGAGUACUUAAAGAAAUGUAUAAAGAACAUCGAGGAUCAUCAUUCAGUCAUUCUUUCUCUUCGUUUGCUUUAUCAUUUAAUUGGUAGCUUAGCCGAAAGAAAAAAGAGAAAUCAAAUGGGUGGUAUGAUGAUGAUGAACAAUAACAAUAAUGACAACAAUGAAAAUGAAAUGUCUCAAAUCAUCGAACAAAUUGACAAUACUUACCACUUGGUCGAGCUUUUAUACAACCAUUUAGUCUAUUAUAACAGAAUAUGCCUCGAUAUCCUCAAAGAGAAAUAUAGCCAAGUAAUGAACUUAGAUAAUACUGCCUCUGUCAUCCCACUAACUUGUGACGAAAUCAUUUUCACUGGCCGUUAUCCAAAUUUCAGUCAAAUUCAUGACUCUUUAAAUUUUAUACGUUUUAUCUAUGAAAAAUCACCAAUUCAAAUGAGCCAAAAGCAUGUUGAUGUUCUCUGGGAUAUCUUUGUGGUUUCACCAAUUUCCAUUCAAGAUAGAUCAACCUUUUUCAAUUGGACAGUCGAGUAUUUACAAUUUGACGAUGAACAAGUUUAUCAUUUUAUGGAAAAGUUUCAUUUACUUCCAUUUAAUGAUUUAGAUUUAUCAGGUUUCAAUUUUUAUACUUUUUGUAUGAAUUUAAUUAAACAAAAUAAUAAUAAUAAUCAAUAUAAUAAUAAUAAUAAUAAUAAUAAUAAUCAACAGCAACAAACUACAAUUGUCGGCUUAGAUGAUUUAUGGAGAGUCCUAAUCGAAGCUAGAAAUGAAGAGGUUGGUAGAGCUGCUUGUACAUUUUUAAUUGAACAAUAUAAAGAAUUUAAAAACCCAAAAGAAUUUUUAAAUACCUGUAUGCAUAAACUUUCAACUGUUCCUAUUCAAAAUAAUGGCACUUCCUUAGAUCAAGAGUUAUUGGUUCAACGUUGUUUAUCUUUAAUUAAAAGAUAUCUCGAAGAUUUUGGUUCAAGAAUUCCAGGCAGCUUCAAGAGACUCUUUUCGCCUUUAAUUCAAAUUCAAGUUAAAAAUCAAAAACAUUCAUUCAGAUUAGAAGUUAAGAGUAGUGAGUCAAUUAAAACUAUAAAGGAUAUUAUUGCUCACAAGCUUGGAAAAGAUAACUCCUCAUGUAUAUCAUUAACUUUCCAAGCUAAACACUACUUUGAAGAUUUUGAAACUUUAGAAGACAUCCGUGUAACAAAUGGUGAUACAAUAUUGUUCCAAGAGACUUCCGAAUCAAAGUGUAACAUCGUUUCUACAAUUAAUUUAGAUUUUGAUCAAAACCAUUUUUCUUUGUUAUUCAAUUUAUUAAAUAUUCAAUCAAUUGCUCAAGAUGUUUGGGAUCUUUUAAUGUUAUUACCAGCCAACAGACAAAUUUUAUUAGAUAUCCAAAAUAUAUCACCAGUAGCCGAAGGUGAAGCAUCAAAUAUUAUAAAGAAUUGGGAUAGUUUAUUUGAUCCAAACUCAUCAUACCGUUUAUUAUACAGCUUAUUAAUUAUUGAGGCAUUAAUUGUUCCAUCGUCAUUCGAUCAAAUACAAAAUAAUAUUCCAAACCAAUGGAAACAUGACUUUAUUAGCCAAGGUGGAGCAGCCCAUUUAAUUAAAAUUUUAAUGACCUCAGAUCUUCAAAAUGUUUCACGUGGUAAUAAGAGAAAUAUUUGCUUAUCAGUCUUAUUAAGAAUCAUUUAUAAUAUUUUAGAAAUUGAUAACUUUUCUGCUGAAAGUAUUCAAAAGUAUGUUAAUCCAAAUGAAUUAUUACAUCGUUUAAUUGCAUUAACUUGGAAUCAAGUCGAACCAACAAUCCACGAAGAAAAUCUUUCAACUCACGAAACUGAAGAUGCUAUGGUUGUAUCACAUUUAAUUGGUCUCAUUGUUGCUAUCCUUAGAAACAGUGAAGCUUUAUUUGACUCAUUUACUCAAAAUAAAGAUAUCUUAAAUUGGAUUUCUUUAAUUUGUUUAUUAUCAAAAGAUACCUUUAUCCGUGACAAAGCUACCAAUGGCAUCAAUGAAAUUUGUAAAUCUAUCAAUCCAUCUAAAACUAAGCCAUACUUUUUAGAACAAUUCCUUAAAUUACUUUAUACCACAAUCGAACAAGAUCGUCGUUCAUCAAGCUGUCAACAAUUCUUUGAAGUAUUAUGUUCACUAUUACAAGAUACUUGCUCUCAAGAGGGCUCUGAUCGUUUCUCCGAUUUACUUGGCACAUUAAUUCAAAUGAUUAAAACUCAACCAAUAGUUGAAAGUACAGCAAUUUACCAAUCUGAUGUUCUUUUAAUGGGUCUUUUAAAUCUUGUUAAAAUUCUCAUUGAAAAUAAUAAUGACUUUAAACUUAUGGCUGGUCAAGAGGGUGGCUUAGUUAAAGAAAUAUUCCACGAAUGCCUUUUCAACAUUGCAACUGCCGAAAACCAUGGACCAACUUGCCCACCAAAAUGUAAAACUAGAGACAGUAGAGAUGUUUGCUUUGCUGUACUUUUAGAGUUGGCCAAAGGUUGUCCAGAAAACUUAAAAGAGAUCACCACCCUUUUAAUGGAUCAUCAUAAACCAGAAGAGAAACGUAGUCUUUGGAGUUACUAUCCCGCUGGUAAUGAAAAAUCUACUUGUGGCUAUGUUGGUCUUAAAAACUUGGGUGCUACUUGUUAUAUCAACUCAUUAAUGCAACAACUUUUUAUGAUUCCAGGAUUCCGUUAUAAUAUUAUUCAAUCAGAAGAGAAAUCAUUAACUCCACAAGAUCAACAAGAAAGUCUUUUGUAUCAAUUGAAAAUUAUUUUUGCAAAUCUCCAAGAGUCUGAAAAGAAAUCACACGAUCCAAAAGAUUUCUGUUUAGCUUAUAAAUAUGAUGGUCAACCAAUCAACACUUCAAUUCAAAUGGAUGCUGAUGAAUUUUUCAAUAUGCUUUUCGACAAAUUAGAAAACCAAUUAAAAGGUUCAACUCAAGAGAAACUUUUACAAGACUUUUUUGGUGGUAGUAGCGUUAACCAAUUCAUCUCCCAAGAGUGUAAUCAUGUAUCUGAACGUGAAGAGCCAUUCUAUACAAUUAGUGUCGAAGUAAAGAACAAAAAGGAAAUUCAAGAAUCUCUUCAACUUUUUGUUGAAAGUGAAACUUUGGAUGGUGAUAAUAAAUAUUUCUGUAGCAAUUGUUCUCAAAAAGUUAAAGCCCUCAUGAGAAGAUGUAUCAAGAAUCUUCCAAAUACUUUAAUUAUUCACAACAAGAGAUUCGAAUUUGAUUUAGAUCUCAUGAAAAGAACUAAAUUAAAUGAUGCACUUCGUUUCCCAAUGACUAUCGACAUGGAACCAUACACCAAAGAAUACUUGGAAAGAAAAGAAGCAGUAGAGAAAGCCAAAGAAAAAGGUGAACCAAUCCCAGAAUAUGCUCCACUACACCCACCACAAUACUAUCAAUACGAGUUGGCUGGUAUUUUAGUUCAUACUGGCACUGCUGAUUCAGGUCAUUACUAUUCAUAUAUUAAAGAACGUGAGCCACUUAAUGAUGGUGAACCACGUAGAUGGAUCCUUUUCAAUGAUCAAGCUACUGAAGUAUUCAAUCCAGAAGAAAUUUCAAAAGCAUGUUUUGGUGGUUAUGAUCAAAUGGAACAAGGUAAAUCAAAUUUCCGUUCUGGACCAAGAGUCAAUAAUGCCUAUAUGCUCUUUUAUGAACGUAGUUUUAUUUCUGGUGAAUUAACAAAGAAAUAUGAAACCAUUAGCCCAUCAAAUGCUUCAAAACUAGUGCCAAAGGAUAUGUUUUCAAGUGUAUGGAAAAAGAACAUGAAAUUCCUUAAUGAUAAGAAUAUUUUUGAUCCAAAUUAUUUCCAAUUCUUAUUAAAUAUCAUAAAAUUAGAAGAUGAAGGUUUAAACAGAAUGGACUUUACCUCAUCACAAGAAUUAUUAAAAGAAAAAUCAUUAGAUGUUAUCGACGUAGACGAAGAAGAUAAAAAACAACAAAUACAGGCUCAAUCAAGACAACAAUUACAAUCAUCAAAUGAUUCAUCAAUAUCCUUUAAUCAACAAAUGGAGUCAAUUGAAUUAGGCACUAGAUUUUUAAUUGAAACUUUAUUCCACGCCAAAGACAAAAAAAUAUUACAAGAGACAGUAAACUAUUUAAUUUCUCUUUAUGAAAGAAAUAUUGAAGCAUGUUAUUGGCUUUUAAAUACAAUUAUUCAAGACUCUUCAUGGAUUAGACAAAUAUUUUUAACUUGUGUUACCUUAGAUCCAAGAGAAUCAAUGAUGAAGCUUUUAUUAUCAGUAAUUAAAAUUUUACAACCUUACGAAAAGAAUAAUUAUGGUUUAGAAGAGGAUAACUCUAUGGAAGAAGCAUCAUCAGAACAAUUUAUUAAUGGAAGUGGGUUAAGCACUAUUGGUGGCCUUGGUAAUAGUGGCGCCUCAGUUGAAAUCAUUGGCUCUAGUGGUGAUGGAUCAUCAAUUAUCGCAACCAAAGGAAAACAAAAAGCAUCAAGCCAAAUGGUAUUAGAUGACGAAGUUUAUCCAAAUUUCUCAGAUCUUAGAAAACCAAAAUCUGUCAUCUUUAAGUUUAUGGAUUGUUUCUUAGAAUACAUUAAGGAAGCACCAAUUCAUUGGAAACAUUUCUCCCAUUACUUUAUGUUUAUCAAAGAGUUUGCAACUUUAGGUGAUGAAGAAAGAAGAUAUUUGGUCGAAAGAAAUGUAAUUGGAAGAUUGAUUGAUUUCUUUUUGGGAGAUGAAUCACCAAUUCCAAGACAUCCACCACACAAGAAAACUAAAAUGGGUGAUAAAUAUAACUCUCCUCAAUUCACUUAUGCUUUAGAAGCCAUUAGUAUUCUCGUUCGUAGUUGUCAUACUAAAUAUUCUAUCCAAGUACCUCCAGGUGAACCAAUAUAUAUGCCAGAGCAAGUUUCAACCCAAUUAAUUGUUAUGCCCGAAAAUGAUAUGGAAAUCUUAUAUAAUCCACUCUUUUUCUCUAAAGCAAUCAAAGAUCAACUCUUGAUGAACUCUAUCAAAGAAAUUAUCUCUUAUAUUUGUUUCAAUGAUAUCGAUACCACCCGUUCUAUUAUUAAUCAUUUAGAAUCUCUUGAUGCCAAUAGAAUGUCACUAGAAGUUUUGCUCCCAUUAAUUUCUCUCGACGAUAUCUAUAAAGAUGAUCGUGUAGACCUCGCAAUUAUUCCAUACAUUAAUAUUUUAGAAGAAAACUUUAAAUCACGUGCAACUCUUUCUUUCCUCAAGAUAUUAGUAGAACAUGCUAUUCAAUAUCCAUUUGUUUCACAGUGGUUUGAAAGAAAUCUCGAUCGUUGGGCUUCAAGUUGGUUAAUUGGUAAUGAACAUCCAGAAGUACGUUUAGAUGCCUAUAGUCUAUUAAUUCAUAUAACUGGAAUUCAAAUGCAAACACCAAAACCCGAUGUUAUUCAUAAUAUCUUUUUCUAUUUCCUCUCCAUAGAUACACUCAAAUAUGCUAAAAAGAUUGCAAAACGUGAAAAAGAUCACCGUGGUAUCUUUAGAUUCGAAUUAUAUUUCAAGUUUUUAAGAAAUUGCAUCACUGCUCUCCCAGAGUGUAAAAAGAAUUUCACAAUCUCAGCUACUCAAUUUUAUAGUCUUAUGAAUGAAAUUAUUUUCCAACAAAACGAAAUUGAUAGAAAUCGUCAAGAGCUCACCCAUUUUGUUGUUGAUGUCAUCAGAGAUAACCAAGAAAAUAUCCAACUUUUAUUAAAAGAACAAUUUACUCACAAACUAAUGGAUUAUUUCAUUAGUAUCUCUUCAAGAGAGGAUUUAAAACAAUUUAAUCAAAAGUCACUUCCAUCAUUCUAUGAAAUUCUCUAUGUUUUAUCAAAAGAAAGCAAACCAUUUUUAGAGUAUGUUCUUGGCCAUCUAAAUUUCCAAUGGGCUUGUAAAUUCUUAUUAUGUGAAUGUGGUGAUUAUAAUGAUAUUGCUACCUAUUUAUUCAAACUUUUAGAAUUAAUUCCUAGUGUUCCAAAAUGUGCCUCUUCAUUACUCGAAGGCUUUUUACAAUUCCCAAACUUUUUCUAUUAUCCAAGCCAUUCAUUACAAGUAGUCAAACUUUUAAUCCUUUCAAAGAAAGAAGCAGUUUGUUUCAUUAACAAUGGUGGUGUUCAUAUAUUCUCCAAGUUUUUAUCCAAUACCAAAGAUUUAACAGAUCAAUUAAACUACCUCCCAAAGACAGUCGAUUUACUUUAUUUCAUUUUAACAACUAUUCGUCAACAACCACAACAAACACAACCACAACCACAAAUUGACUCUUCAGAUGCUGCUGGUGAAGAUAGCAUUGAAUCAUCUUCUUCAUCACAAUCAGGUUUAUCCAUCCCAAUGCAAGAUCUUACAUCAGAUAUCAAAUAUCUUCAAACUAUUUUAUUUGCUAUAAUUGAAACCAACAAAACUCUCUUCGAAAAAACAAGUAAAUUCUUAAAUUUCAUUUCAAGUGAAUCACCAGAAACAACAAUUAGUUCUUUUGGUGAAUAUUUACUUAAAUGGACCAGUAAAAAAACAAAUUAUUUCAUUUUACAACAACAACAGCAACAACAACAACAACAACAACAACAACAACAACAACAACAACAACAACAAAAUAUAAAUUCAAUUAAUUUAGUUGAUGAUCCAAGACAACAAUCAUAUGGUUACCCACAACAAUCUCAGCAACCAAGACCAACCUUUAUUAAUGAUUUUGGUCUUUCAGAACAAUUUUUAAAAGGUCUAGUUGAAAUUGUUUUGAUAGCAUUACAAAAUUCCCCAAACAAUGACUCUAAGGGUUCAAUCAACCUCGCCAAAUUUAUUAAAGAAAUCUUUUCCUUUAAUCAAGAACUUGCCUCUCCAUUAUUAAUAACCAGUUUUACAUACCUCAAAUUAGAAGAAAAGAGAUCAUUGGUUGAAUUUUGUAUCCAUAAUAAUAUUAUAUGCUCUGAAAUUAACACAAAUUCAAGCGUAAUCGAUAAUUUAUACAACUUUAUUAAAUCAUUUUUACAAGAAAAAUCAAAUGAAGAAAUUGUAAAUCAUCUUUGCACUGAAUUAGAAGAAAAAGUAACUACCGCUAUCGUUUCAAUUCAAUCAUUAGAAUCUUUCACCAUUGACAAAGAAAUUGAUACCCAUCUAUUUGUUUUAAACAAUGCUCUAAGACAAAUCGAACUCUACAGCUGUUCAAGUAAUGAUAAAUCACGUCAAUCUUUAAAUAGUACAAUGUCUGCUCUCAAACAAUUUGCCGAAGAUGUUUGUGGUAAAAUACAAUCAGAAAAAGCAAAAUUAUUUUUAACAAAUUUCGAAAAUUUAUCACUUAGCAAUACAAACUAAUUAAAAUAAAUCAUAAUAAAUAAUAAUAAAUAAUAAUAAAUAGUAAUAUAAUUUUAAAUAAAAAAUAAUUUAAAAAAAAACU